UCUAGUUGGUCAGGGAAUUCCAGGUUUCUAUCUCACGUAUGAUCUUGCUAUCCCGGUAUUAGUGUACAGUACAGUCCUGGCUCAGAAUCAUGAUCAUGGUUUCUGCCCGUGCCCAGACUUCGGAGGUCGUAGGUGUGGUACGAUGAUAUUACUACUGUCGCCAUCUAGACCUGCCCAGGGGUGCGGGAAAGGGGGCUUCGAGAUUGCCAGCACGGGUAGUAAUUCGGUUUAGAACUAUCUGGAUCGAAGUAGGGCCCAAAUGCGGUUCGAGAGCUGGGGAUGAUGACGGACUCUUCAUGGAGAAUUUGUGUUCUUGCUCUUACAUGUCUGCUUCAUGCUCUCCUCCGUGGCAGCAUAAUCAGGUUGUCAACAGCGCAUGCUGGUUUCUCCCCCCGUCCAAAUGAACAGCAAGAGGAGGGAGGGUGGGACAGCGCUGCAAAAAAAGGUUGACGGGCCGACGCUAAGAGAGAGACACAGGAUUGAUUACAAGGCCGCGCUGCCCAGUGCUUUUUCACUCUGGCAACUUGCUUGCCUCUUCCCGGCUACCGGCUACUCUAGUCUCUGUCUGGACUUGGAGCAAGUCAGCCCGUCAGUCAGAGGGCAAACUCCGUGCAUACGCCAUUGUGCAUUGGACUGGCUCUCGGAAAAUCAGGGUUUCUGUUCGGAUGCGAUGCGAUGCGACAGGGGAGAUGGAUCGUCUCAAUCCCCAUGCUUUUCAUGGUUUUUCAGGACAGCAGCAGCCAUGGUGCUUAAUUUAGACUGUAGCGAUGAGCUCGUUGGCAUCUUGGGUUUGGGGGUGACAACUCUGGCUGGCGGGCUUGUUCCAGUGCAAGAAAUCAAUUGCUGACUUGCAUCCAAAACCCAGGUGAUGAUGAGGGAUGGGCUGCUGACCGGUCGAACACAAGCCCCAUGUCGCAUA